UCCGUUUGGACUCCAAUAUACACCAACUACCCAUUUCGUGUGCACGUUCAACAUCAAACCCACAUAUUUCUACACUGUCAAUUGGUACAUUGAGGGGAAUUACUUGACCACCACGGGUCCUUCGAAUGAUUCCAUGGAUUUUUCAUUAACUGAGACAACAAUAAUGAGCGCAGUUCGUCCUGGGUUUACGAUUGGAUGCGGUGUUCUAGUCUCAGUACUUGAGGGGAGCCAGAAAACCGACGAAGUUCCCGGUGAAGAGUUUUUUGCUGGAGUCAAAAUUGAACAAAGAACAAUACAUUUACCAAAAGGAGGAAGUGGAGAAAUUGUCUUGAAAACAACGAUCCCAGUGGCUUGUCAGUAUAUAGAUGGACUACCUAUAGAUGACCAGUGUCAGUUGACAUUAGAGAUGGGUAAAAAGGAUGUAGGUCGAUGCACCGGAGAUGUACAGGGCACCACGGACUGCAGCAAUGUUCUUGCAUCGCUGACUGCAAAUGGAACUUUUGAACCAGCAGAGAUACGGUUCCCAAUUGUCACUGUGGAUAUAAAUUACAACGACAAAAGCGUGUUUGACAUUGAUCUCAGAUUUGGGUCGCACACAAGCCCGUUAUGGCAUAAUUAUGUUCUUCCGAGUGUCCGGGUCAUUGUCGAGGACACAGAUGAGCACAAAAACAAGUUGUGUUACUCUCAUAUCGAUCCGCAUAUGAAGACUUCAGAUGGAAGACAUUACGAACAACAACGAAAUGCCGGGGUAUAUAUGAUGUACAUCAAUAAGGCGUAUGAUAUUGAGGUUCAGCAAAAAACUAAGCCAUGCAACAGAAAUUAUGCAAUGUGUGCCUGUGGUGUUGCUGUUCGUGCCGGGAAGGACGUGUUCAUGAUUAACAGAUGCGGAGCAAUCCACUUCAUUGACUUUGUCCAUUGUGGGGAAGGCGGGAUAUUGGACGUUCUAGAAGUAAACUCUGAAAAAUAUAGGAUUCUGACACCAAUUGGAACACGUAUUGAAAUUCAUCUUUAUGGUGGCUACUAUGAAGGAACGAUGAAUAUAGACAUAUACAUGGCUCCUAAAGAUUUUAACAAAACUGAAGGCCUUUGUGGAAUAUUCGACAAUAAUGUCAAUAAUGAGUUUUUGGGCAGUAAUGGUCAGCAACUACCAAAUGAGAACGUCUUCGCUGAGUCAUGGAGAAUGGACUCAGACACCCAAAAUAGAGGUUUAAAAGAAAAGAACCUUUUUAUAAACCCAGAUCGAAGUUUGCAGUCAUGGAAAGAAAGAAAUCAUUUAUACUGCUUUUGUCAAAACGGAACCGCGAACUGUUCGUCCACUCAGUAUUACACGUGUUCAUUUCCGAACAACAUAACGCCAUUAAAAUGUCAUGUUUCUCAAGGAUUCAGAAAGAAACGAGGAACAGAUACUCACAUGAAAGAGUUGCGGCGACUUUUUGAUUUGAUGAACUCUGUCGACCCACCUCUGCACUAUUUGUACAAGCGUCAAGCAGAGGCUGCGAGCAUAACCGCAGAAGAUGCGCUUGAAGCCUGCACGGGCUUGAUAAACGGAAGUUUAGCGGUGCAGCAUUAUUCAGAUUUGUCGGCGUCUGAAAAUUCCGAACAAGUGAUAAAUAACUGUGCGUAUGAUGUUGAGGUUGGUGGAACGUUAGUUUGGGCAAGCGCACAUGUGGAGUCGUAUAACGACGUGGUAAAGAAUAUGAUUGACUUACAACCGGAAUAUGCUGCUAACAACACUGAGAGGAUAGACGUUUUUCUGGCAAAUACUUGCCCAUCUAACUGCACAGGAAACGGAAAUUGCACACUCGUUGAUACUAGUGGGGAAGGCGUGUGCGUUUGCGAUACAUUUUACCAUGGAGCUGAUUGUUCGAUCGAUGAAAGGGAUCCGUUGAUAAUAGACGACAUUGAAACUGGGGGUGAAUGCGACACUGCUGAAAGGUCUGAUGACUGUCAAUGUUUUGCAAUAAGGAGUGGUGCCAUUCUGCGUUCCAUUCAAUGUACCGUAAAGACAUUCAAGAUAUCUAUAAAUGGGGAAGAAGAAAUGGUUUCUGAAUUUCGUUCAAAUGGUUCAUACGAAGAUAUAUUCACUGGGGUCUGUUGCUCCGAUCUUAACAAGUUUGAUGUCGAUGCCUUUGCAGUUAAGUACGAGGUUUCAGCAAGUAACGACGGCAUUAAUUAUGGAAAUAUAAAAACAGUCUUUGUAUUUGAUUCGACAUGCCAAAGUACUGUUUACGACGGAAACACAAACGGAACUGUCGUUUUAAAUACCACAAGCGGAUGCUUUAUCGACAACACGUGUUAUUUCGAUGGUGAAGUAUCUCAGUUUAAUACUUGUCUGGGUUGCAACGCCUCUGUCAAUGCUACAGGCUGGUCUGAAGCCCCUUGUACGACGACGACAGCCAGUACCACAACUACAACAAAUCCUACCACAACUGUAGAACCUACGACAACAACUGAAGAACCUACGACAACUACUACAGAGCCUACGACAACAAUUGCAGAACCUACGACAAUUACUGCAAAGCCUGCGACAACUACUGAAGAACCUACGAUAACUACUGCAGAUUCCACGACAACUACUGCAGAACCUAAGAUAACAACUGCAGAGCCUACGACAAUUACAACAGAGCCUCCGACAACCACUGCAGAACCUACGAUAACUACUGCAGAGCCUAAGACAACUACAACAGAUCCUACGACAACUACUGCAGAGCCUAUGACAACUACUACAGAGCCUACGACAACUACUUCAGAGCCUACGACAACAACUGCAGAACCUACGACAGCUAAUGCAGAGCCUUCGACAACUACUGCAGAGCCUACGACAACUACUGCAGAGCCUACGACAACUACUACAGAGCCUGCGACAACUUCUGAAGAACCUACGACAACUACUGCAGAACCUACAACAACUACUACAGAGCCUACGACAACUACUGAAGAACCUACGACAACUACUGCAGAUCCUACGACAACUACUACAGAGCCUUCGACUACUACUGCAGAACCUACGAUAACUACUGCGGAACCUACGACACCUACUGCAGAACCUACGACAACUACUUCAGAGCCUUCGACAACUACUGCGGAAUCUACGACAAUUACUGCAGAGCCUACGACAGCUACUACAGAGCCUACGACAACUACUGCAGAACCUAUGACAACUAAUGCGGAACCUACGACAAAUACUGCGGAACCUACGACAAUCUCUGCAGAACCUACGACAACUAGUGAAGUGCCUAUGACAUCUAUUGCAGAAUCUACGACAACUUCUACAGAGCCUACGACAACUACCGCGGAACCUGCGGCAACUACUGCAGAACCUACAACAACUACUGAAGAGCAUAGGACAACUAAAGAUACUAACUAA